AUGGCCCCGUCGCCACCCCGCCGCCCCUCCUCAGGCUCCGACGAAAUCCACCACCACCCCUCCAACUCCGACGACCUAGGCCUCAAGCAGACGUCGACCAUGAUGACCAUCUCGCCCGAGCUCUUCGAGAAACUCUACCUCACGCCGAAAACCCCGCACGUCGGCGGCAGCAAGUUUGCGAACCCGACGCCGUUGGGGUUCGUGGGGUUCGUCAUCUCGACGUUUACGUUUAGUAUGGUGUUGAUGGGGUGGGGGGGCGCGAGCGGGUUCUAUCCCGUGGUGGGGAUCUUCUUCUUCGUGGGGCCGUUGUUGUUGACGCUCGCAACGAUCUUUGAGUGGAUUAUGGGGAAUUUCUUUUCGAUGAUGGUGAUGGGCCUCUUCGCCGUCUUCUGGCUCUCCUUCGGCAUGCUGCAGCUCCCCACCCUCGGCCUCGCAGCCGCCUACUCGCCCUCUGGCAACGACAUGGCCCAGGGCGCCGCCAGCGCCGAGUACAACGCCGUCGUCGGCCUGUACCUGAUCAUCUGGGGCUUCGCGCUGUUCACGUACUUCAUCUUCACGCUCAAGACGAACGCCGUGAUCGCGCUGAUUUUUCUGUUCGUGACGAUGGCGUCGUGGGUGUUGGCCGGGGCGUACUUUAAGGUGGCCGCGGGGGAUUAUACGACGGCCGGGCAUUUGCAGACGGUGAGGGUGUCUUUAAGAACGGUAUAUGGGAAGUGA